CAUCAUCGAAGAAGAAAAAUGCGGAAGUGAGCGUUGCCAGAAAAUAAAACAACAAGCCACAAGGCCAAGGCGACAAGUUGGGGUUGAGUUAAUAACAUUUUGAAAUAUUUGUCGGCUGAGUGACUUAUGGCGGCAGCUGAUCAAAUAUUCGGGCUGUUUGAAAGAACGAUCGCGUCGUACGCGGGGGAACUUUCUGGAACAGGAGGGGAGAAGGAGCGACAAGAACUGGAGGCUGUUGACACGACUCAAACUCUGCUACAUAAUGUCCAGCAGCUGAUUGGUCGUCAAGAACGUCCCUCUGAGCCCACUUUGAAGCAGGAAGAUCCUCAGCCCCCUGACUUUAAAGAGGAGGAGGAAGAAAUGUGGAUCACCCAAGAAUCGGAGGAAGAGUGUCUUCUUGGACCGGAGGAGGCUGAUCUCCGAGAGUUGCCGCUGACUGUUGUCUGUGUGAAGACUGAAAACUAUGAAGACAAAUCAGUAGCAGACAACCUAUUUGCUCCACUAUCAGAUAGUGACGAUACAACGUCACACUCUCCUGAGGAUGAGGACAGGGACGACGCACAUAAAGCUUUGAGCAGUGACAACAAACACACUAAAGGCUCUAAAAAGAAGACGGGUAAAAAACGCUUUACCUGCUCAGUUUGUGCUAAAAGCUUCACGGCGAAGAGGGAUUUGACUGGACACAUGAGGACACACACAGAAGAAAACCCUUAUCGUUGCUCAAUAUGUGGCAAAGGAUUCUCGCAAAGGUCAAGUAUCACAACACACAUGAAAACACACUUGGCGGAAAAACCUUUUAGCUGUUCAGUUUGCGGUAAAGGAUUUACUCAAAAGGCACACGUGGAAUCACACAAAAGAACGCACACGGGUGAAAAGCCCUUUGAAUGCUCAGUUUGCAAUAAAAGAUUCGCUCACAGUUCCACUAUGGUGUCCCACCUGAGAACACACACAGGAGAAAAGCCUUUCAGUUGCUCCGUCUGUGGCAAAACAUUCAAUCAAAAGCCCCACAUGCUCACACACAUGAAAAUGCACACUGGAGAAAAGCCAUUUAGUUGCUCUAUUUGCGGUAAAAGAUUCUAUCACCAUUCCAGUAUGGUGUCACAUAUGACGACGCACACCGGAGACAAACCGUACAUUUGCUCAGUUUGCGGUGACAGCUUUGCUCGAAAAAGCAAUGUCACACAACACAUGAAAAUGCACGUGGGCGAAAAACCUUUCAGUUGCUCCAUUUGCGGCCAGCUGUUCUCUAAAAAGACAAAUAUGCUGUCGCACAUGAGAACACACACCGGAGAAAAGCCUUUUAGUUGUUCACUUUGUGGUAAGGGCUUCUCCAAAAAGACAAACAUGCUUGCACACAUGAGAAUACACACAGGAGAAAAACCCUUUGUUUGCGUCAUUUGCAGUGACAGUUUUGCGGAAAAAGUCUCUUUGAUCGCGCACAAAAGAACACACACAGGGGAAAAAGGCUUUAAAUGCUCGGUUUGUGGCAAUAGCUAUUCUUAUAAGAAGACACUGAAAGCUCACAUGCGGACACACAGCGAGUAUCGGUGCAUCAAUUAGAAUAUUGUGCAAAAGUUAUUUGAUUUCAAAAGUAAAUGUAGAUUAGUAGCAAUUACACAUUUUUGCAGUUCAUUUGCGAACCAUUAAUUUUUUGAUUUUUUUUUCAAAGUUGAAGAGAUACUGAAUUUGGGUUGUUUGUCAGCUGGAAGCAAUAAUCCUCAAAAUGAUUAAGAAAUACAUUUUUGGAAUAGUUGACUGUGAAUGUGUAGUGAAAAUAAGAGUGUCAUUUGAAUGGAUAAGCUGAAUUGAACUAAUUAAAUAAGUCAAGAAGUAUAGAUGGGGGCAGCACGGUGGUACAGGGGUUAGUGCAUGUGCCUCACAAUACGAUGGUCCUGAGUUCAAUAGCGGGCUCGGGAUCUUUCUGUGUGGAGUUUGCAUGUUUUCCCCGUGACUGAGUGGGUUCUACUCCGGCUUCCUCCCACCUCCAAAGACAUGCACCUGGGGAUAGGUUGAUUGGCAACACUAAAUGGUCCCAAGUAGGUGAAUGUGAGUGUGAAUGUUGUCUGUAUAUCUGUGUUGGCCCCGUGAUGAGGUGGCGAGUUGUCCAGGGUGCACCCCGCCUUUCGCCUGAAUGCAGCUGAGAUAGGCUCCAGCACCACCCGCGACCCCGAAAGGGACAAGCGGUAGAAAAUGGAUGAAUGUAUGGAUAUAUAGAAUGGAUAUACUUUUAUUGGUCCCCCAAUGGAGAAAUUAUAUGGUUGCAGUGUAGGUUGUUAUGUAUGGAAGUAAAAUGUAAUGAAAGAAUUUGUAAUAAAUAAUACAUAUUGCACACUAACGAUUGCACUAUGUAUAGAUAUAAAUAAUACAACAACACGAUCCUAAAAUCACAGUAAUCACAUAAGUGCAUUGCAAAGUCAUGUUCUGUCGGCCACCUCCUCAAUGCUGUUUAGUGGGCAGUUUAGGUCUGUUCCUGUCUCUGAGCGUGCUGCCAUGUCAUAGAACACCGCAGAGGCCACCCCAGUGUCCUGAAAAGUGUGCAGUAGUGACCCUCACACCCCGGAAGACCUCACUCUCCUCAACAGGAGUGGGCAAGGUUCAACCUUCUUUUCCAGAACGUUUGAAUUGAGUCCAGUCCAGUUUAUUGUUGAGGUGAACACCGAGGUAUUUAAAUGAGUCCACUAUUUUUAUGCCUGAUUUAGAUGGGACCUGGAGCUGACCGCCGGAAAUCCGUCACAAGCUCUUUUGCCUUACUACUUAGUUGCUAACAUGACUUUACAAAGCAGAUACUUUAAUUCGAAAGGAUUCACCACAUUAAAAAAAAUACUAUUUCUCAUCACACAUGGUGUUUUAUGUUCAGUCUUUUUUAAUGUUUCACAUUUUAAUGUUCUUGCAUUUAAAGGCCUACUGAAGCCCUCUACUACCGACCACGCAGUCUGAUAGUUUAUAUAUCAAUGAUGAAAUCUUAACAUUGCAACACAUGCAAAUACGGCCAGUUUAGUUUACUAAAUUGCAAUUUUAAAUUUUGCACAGAAAUAUCCUGCUGAAAUGUCUCGGUAUGAUGACGCGUGCACGUGACGUCACGGAUUGUAGAGGACAUUUUGUUCCAGCAUCGUUCCCAGCUAUUAAGUUGUCUGUUUUCAUCGCAAAAUUCCACAGUAUUUUUGACAUCUGUGUUGCUGAAUCUUUUGCAAUUUGUUCAAUGAACAGUGGAGACAUCAAAGAAGAAAGCUGUAGGUGGGAAGCGGUGUUUUGCACCCGGCUUUAGCAACACAAACACAGCCGGUGUUUCAUUGUUUACAUUCCCAAAAGAUGACAGUCAAGCUUUACUAUGGAACAGAGAUGUCAAGCGAACACGGUUGGAUUGGACCACACACAUAAAGUACAGUGUAUUAUGCAGCGAUCAUUUCGAAAGAUCGUGUUUCGAAGAGGGUCCCUUGCGAAGGGCAGAGAUGGGCAUCGCCACCACUCGUCCACUGGUGCUGAAGAAAGGUGCGGGGCCGGCCUUCAGGUUGUACAGGUACGACCAUAUAAUCUCACUAAAACACUAGUAACACAAUAAGCAGAUGAGGGAUUUUCCAGAAUUAUCCUAGUAAAUGUGUCUAAUAACAUCUGAAUCGCCCCCACUGCCCUGUAGUCUUUUUCUUUUUUCUAGUCCUUCACUCUCACUUUCCUCAUCCACAAUUCUUUCCUCCAUGCUCAAAUUAAUGGGGAAUUCGUCGCUUUCUUGGUCCGGAUCGCUCUCGCUGCUGGUGGCCAUGAUUGUAAACAAUGUUCAGAUGUGAGGAGCUCCACAACCCGUGACGUCAUGCGCAUAUCAAUAUAUAUAUAUAUAUAUAUAUAUAUAUAUAUAUAUAUAUAUAUAUAUAUAUAUAUGUAUGACGCGUGCACUUCCGGUACAGGCAAGGCUUUUUUAUUAGCGACCAAAAGUUGCAAACUAUAUCGUCGAUGUUCUCUACUAAAUCCUUAGAGCAAAAAUAUGGCAAUAUCGCGAAUUGAUCAAGUAUGACACAUACAAUGGACCUGCUAUCCCCGUUUAAAUAAGAAAAUCUCAUUUCAGUAGGCCUUUAAUAUCCUGCCAUGUUCUGAUACGGUUCUGUUUUUAUUUUCCUCCAUGGACAUGCACCGCCAUGAGUCAGAUUGGAUAUUUCGUUUUUUGAAAUAAAAAAAAACGAUUUUUGA